AUGCUAAAUGUUAUCCAAAGGGGUACCACUGUCAACCCAGAAGAGAAGAAGACGGCUCGCCGCGAGAAGCGAAACGACCAGGGCCGGAAGAGUAUCAAGGACAAGGACGAUGACAAUCCGACAAGGGUUUUGAUCGUUGCGGCUCCGGCGAUGCUCGUGCCCAUGCAGCUCAUCCCCAUCUCCUUCAAGCGGACUACGAAAGUCUGUGCUUUGAACCCGGACCUCAUCGCCCAGCUCAUCGACGUUCGGCCGUGGGCCGUCUCAUGGGUGCUCGCCCCGCCGCUCACCGUGCGCACCCACUACAUCUUGCCAAAUACCGGCCUCGACGGUGACGAGAACCAGACCUGCCAGUUGUGCAGAAAAGAAGCUGCGACUCGCCCGAUGGGGCCCUUCUUUCUCAUCGGCACCGCGUGUCUCAAUAGGAUAAAUUACCAGCGAGGGAAGCCGGCCUGGACCCGGCGCCACCGGAACGACUGCAGCCAUAAAAAUUUCCAGGCGGAGUCGCUGCCUACCAACCCAGCUGAACGCCGUGAAAAAAUUCUGGCGCUGACCGAAGGCAAUUGUGGAUUCUGCAUUUUCAUCGCCGCCUCCCUCCUGCAAGUUCCCCUGGACCUCUACUCG